UUAAUAAACGCCAUAUUAUGUCAGUACACAUCUUAACUUGAACGUGUAUCUUGUGUUGUGAGCUAUAAUAUUUCUCAAACCAAGAAUUGUACUAAUUUCCCUAUAAAAUAAAAAAUAAAUUGCCUCAAGAUUUUGUGCCAAAUAUAGCUAGGUACUUCAAUCAUUUCAAUGACAUCACACAUUUAAAGAGUUCACAACUGGCUUUAAUUGAGUGAGACGACGUUCGACCGAUCGCCAGCGACUGUUCUAAUCUCGAUUGCACCACUCGUGUCACACAAAAACGUUCAAGAGUAACAAUAAAAUAAAUAUAUACGAUUAAUAUGUCCACUUACAUUGUUGGAUUUGUAUGCGCUUUGAUACUGGCGGGGUUCUUGAUUGCGUGGAUUGCGUUUUGCAUGUUUUGUAGAGAACGGCACAAGCCGGAACGCUAUCAGUACGACAUAUCAGAUUUGCGUCGUAAAAAUUUCGAGUUAGCGCAAGAGCAGCAAGAGAGCAAUACGAAAGAGAUCACCGCUGGCAUAUUCAUACUGCCGUCUCGUCACAAACAGAAGGACGACAAUAGUUAUAACAAAAGACCAGAUUAUCCGGAGGGUUCUGUUACGAAUCUGCAACCAAGAACAGAUAAACUGAUAGAGAUAUUCAAUGAAAAUUCGCCAGACGUUGAACCUAUUAAAAAUGUGGGCUUCGAUAUCGACUCUGACAUCAGAUUCCAUAGUGACGUAUGAACAUAUUGCACAACUACUGCCGAUCUAUCACGAAGCACCGGUCAUGCUUUAUUACACUGUAAUUCACUGUUAUCCUAUGUUAAGAACACAAUAAAUAAAACAAUAUUUUUUUAAA